AUGGCUGAAGAAAACUUGGCACUUCGGGUUUUUCAGACCUUCGUUGGACUCGUAGGAAUCUGCGGCAAUGGUUUGGUGUGUGUGGUCAUCGCUAAGGUUCGCUUCAUGCACACCCUGACCAACGCCUUCAUCCUCAACCAAGCCCUGAUCGAUCUCCUCGGGUCGUUGCUCGUUUUGCUGAGCAGUGUUGUACCGAUUCCUGACCCGCUGCCGCCAGGUGCCAGCGGAGUGCUGCUUUGUAGGCUGUGGAUUUCAAAAUAUUUCAACUGGGUCAUGUUCACAGCGUCCACUUUUAACCUGGUUGCAUUGACCCUGGAGAGGUACCUAGCCAUUGUGUUCCCCUUCAGGUACCAAGUGCUUGGUACUCGUAAGAAUGCCGUAGUCACAAUAUUAACUGUUUGGGUGUCGGCAUUCCUUUUCAUCAGUUAUGGAAUUUUCAUUCGCUACUACGAAGCCGGUCAGUGCAAGCAGAAGUUAGUGGCCCAUCCGCAAGCUCUUGGCGUGGCCGUCUUCAUGGUGACAUACCUUCUACCUGUCAUCGUCAUGAUAGUUGCCUAUGUCCACAUCGCAGUGGUCCUCAAGAAGGGAGCCGCGAGAAUCCAGCCCGGACCGGAGGCUGCCGGUCCAUCUACCGGUCAAGCUCCCGAGGGCCAGGGGGAGUCGCUGAUGCGUGCUCGCCGUAACACCUUCAAGACCCUCCUGAUCGUCUGCGUGGCGUUCACUGUUUGCUGGACGCCCAACGAGGUCAUCUUCUUCCUCUUCAACCUUGGCGUGGAAGUGGACUUUACCUCCUUCGUCUACAUCGUGUCGGUUGCAUUUGUUGCCUCAAACAGCUGCCUGAACCCAUUCCUGUAUGCCAUCAAGUACAAGCAGUUCCGAAAGGCUCUGAAAACGCUCCUGGGUAGGCAGAUUACGAUUGCUGACGAUUUGCCACCGCCAACAGUGAGUACUGGUCAUACCCUCCUGAUCGUCUGCGUGGCGUUCACUGUUUGCUGGACGCCCAACGAGGUCAUCUUCUUCCUCUUCAACGUCGGGGUGGAAGUGGACUUCACCUGCUUCGUCUACAUCGUGUCGGUUGCAUUUGUUGCCUCAAACAGCUGUCUCAACCCGUUCCUUUACGCCAUCAAGUACAAGCAGUUCCGGAAGGCCCUUAAAAUUCUUUUCGGUAAAAGAGGGGAGACAUCGCAGCCAGUGACAUAAAGCAGAGACUGCAUGCAAAAUGUGAUGCAUUGUUUUGAUGAAUGAAUAAUCACUGAAGGGGACU